GAAUUAUCAAGCUCAAAAUCAAGGUUUGCAAGGUCUCCCACUCUGUUUGGGGCAAAUGGCACAGAUAAUAAAAAAGAUGCCAAGCUUGCAUUUACAAGACUUCAAAACCUUCUCAAGCUGCCGAAGGCUGCCAAAUGGUGUUAUUUUGAAUGGUUUUAUUCAAGUAUUGACAAAGUUCUUUUUGAGGGUGACAAUGAUUUCUGCAUUUGUCUGAAGGAAUCUUUUCCAAAUCUAAAGGUGAAAAAAAUGAGAAGAGUUGAGUGGAGAGAAGUCAGAAGGUUAAUGGGAAAACCAAGAAGCGUUUGAGGGCACCACAAGAUGGCGUAUUCACAGGGCAAAUAGAAGCAGUUGACACUCAGAAUUGUUCGUACCGAGUAACAUUUGAUAGACCAGGUCUUGGGACACAUUCUAUUCCUGACACAGAAGUAUUGAGUGAAGAGCUGCAGGAAACUAUGCCAUUAUCUUCAUUUUUACUCAAAGAAAGGCCAAGGACAGCAGUAUUYCCACCUACAUACACACCUCCAAGUGGUCUUGGCCUUCAUGGAAGCCCUAGUAUGCUAAAUGAUCCUUUAUUAGGUGCUUCACCUGCAAGGCUUAAGUUACAAGAGGCUUUAAGCCAACAAGGUCAAGGAGGAACUCUUGGCGGAUUCCCGAUUCGCUUCUUAAUUCUUGUGACAAGACUAUCCAAAAUUCUCUUGGUGAAAAAGGAGUGUAUUGAGAAACUUAAAGAGAUGAACACACAAGCAGAAAAAAUGAAAUCAUAUCAGGACCCAAUUGAUAAAGAUUUUCAAAGGAGAUAUGCUUGUGUAGUCUUGGAGCUGGAAAGACUGAACAAGGAUCUCAAUGAUUAUUUGAAUGGUGUACAGGACUACUGUCAAGAGCUUGCUCCAGAACAUGGCCUCCAUACCCUCGACCAAACUGUCAGUGUGAAGAGGAAGUGUGAUAAAGAAGCAGUGCAUUUGGUAGAAGAACAAAAUUGCAAACUCGGAAGCCUCUCUGUUAAAAACCAAUCCACACUGAAGAUAAUAAACAAGCUCACAUCAGUUCUUUUACAAAUAAAGUCAUUAGCAGAGAAUGAGUUGAACACAUUUGAGUUCAAAUCCCUCUCAGACGCUGUUGAGGAAAUUAAAAGUUCYAUAGAUCCAAGUAAUAUCAGCUGUUUUCAAAAUCACGUGGAGAUCCAUGUGGCACACAUUCAGUCUGGACUCAGUCAGAUGGGCAACUUACAUGCAUUCUCUUCGUAACCCCAUGGUAUGGAGUGCUAUGAGAGACAUCGUCACAAAYAGUUUGCCUCACAUCCAUCAGUGGAAGUAUACACCUACUUCAAAAAMCUUUGUCGGGGAGAACGGCGAUUGUCGAAGGGGGAAUGCACGAUCGAAAGGGACUAUGGUUACACUGUUUUGACAAAAUUUCAUUUAUUGGAUUCACCUUGUAUAGAAAUGGAGCCUAAAUCGAGCCAAUGUUUACCACAAACUAUCGUACAGUAUAAAUUCAGUUGUUAUUUCUCAUCAGUUAGCAAAAACAUUGACAUUCGCCAUUUUAUCCGACAAGCUUUUUUGAAAUCGGUGAAUACCAUGUCAUGCCUAGCAAAUCAUGUAAAUAGAAUGAUGAAAACAGUCAAAUGUGAGGGUGKCAGUUGCGUCUCACGCUCACCCGGCAGUGUUUUAAAAAUAAUCAUUUGGAGAGUGGUAAUUUUGUUAAAAAUUUUGUUUAAAGUUUUUGUAUGUAAAAAACAUUAGGCCAAGUUUCUCGUAUGCAUGUGCGUCUGCUUUGUUCAUUGAUGCUUGAGUUUAAAGGGACACUGUCAAUGGAUGACAUGCGCGAGUAAACUUGAAAAYACUAGGCUAGUGUUUUCAAGUUUAUGACUCCAAGUUGGCGCGACAUAAAUCAGAUCGUAAACGUAAGCAGAUCUAGAAUAUUCCAAAGUGCGUCAAAAGCACCACAAAAUGAUUUACCUCGAAGGUUAUAGUUUCAAAGUCCGUUAGAGGUGAGACUGUUACUGCGCAUGUCAUCCAUUGACAGUGUCCCUUUCAGAAUGUGUAGAAAAAGUUUCAUUCGAACAAUAAAAUUGGUAUUAUUUAAAUGGGGAAA